AUGCCUGCUUCAGACCUCCUCCUGCUCCUCACAAGGGCCUGGCCUCAGCUCCUGCUGCUCCAUGCUGCCUACUGGCCGCUAGAUCUGCUUCUGCUCCUUCAUGCUGACCACAAGAAUCCUGUUGAAGUGAAUAUGUUUAAGCUUGACGAGGCCGGACAGGUGACAGGCGCUCUACGGGUGUGUCGACAGCACACUCUCGACUCUACUGAACUAAUGCUGCUCUCUGCUGUAAUGCUUCUUAGAUCCCAGCCUGGCCUGUCCUCUGAGGGCGUGUUGCUCAUGCCAAUACUACAAGAGAGAGCUCAGGCGACUCUUCACACCCACACAGCUACCACUUGUCCCGGCGAUCCACUAAGACCUUCCAAUCUACUCCUGCUGGUAGCCUCCCUACACCGCCUUCCACCUCAUGUAGUGAUCCAAGCUCUUAUACCAAGUCUUGCUGGCCCGCAAGCUGCUUCGUUUAUCAUAGCCACGUUCCUCACCUCAACUUAA